AUGACCAACUCACUCGACAAAGUGUCAUCUGUUAAGAUGAAGGAGGACCGGUCGCAGCAGGCCGACAACGAGCUCCAGCAGGAACUACGCAACUAUGUCCCCCACACGACAGAAGAGAAGAAACUCGUCAGGAAGAUCGACAUGUUCCUGAUGCCGAUGCUUUGGAUCAUGUACAUUUUGAACUAUGUCGACCGAACCAACAUUGGAAAUGCCAAGAUCGCCGGCAUGCAGGACGACCUUGACCUCACGGACGACGACUACGCUUGGGUCCUUUCCAUAUUCUUCUUCGGAUAUCUCAUCUGCGAGGUUCCCUCCAACAUGGUCCUCAGCCGCAGUCGACCGUCCAUCUUCCUCCCUGGCAUAAUGCUCGUUUGGGGAGCCCUGAGCGCCCUCAUGUCCAUUUCAAAAAGCUACGGCGCCCUCCUUGCCUUCAGAUUCAUCCUAGGCUGCAUCGAAGCCGGUUUCUUCCCAGGUGUGCUGUAUCUGCUGAGCUGCUGGUACACGCGGGCUGAGUUGGGGAAGCGCUUUGCCAUCUUCUACACCGCCGCAGUCCUAUCAGGUGCCUUCGGUGGCAUCUUGGCUGGCGCCAUCACCUCGAACCUCCACGACGCGCACGGCAUAGCUGGCUGGCGAUGGCUCUUCAUCGUUGAAGGCGUGGCCACUGUCGGCGUUGCUUUGAUCGCCUUCUUCGUCCUCCUCGACUACCCCGCGACAUCGAAGCGGCUGACGCCGGCCGAGCGCAAGCUUGCAAAGAUCCGCAUUAUCCAUGAUGGUAUCGCCGCAGGAGGCCAGAGCCACCAGCGUCUUACCCACUGGCAAGCCUUCAUCGCCGCCGCCUCGGAUCCGCGAACAUAUCUGUUUAUUGUCCUUUUCAUGCUCGAUGUUGGUGCUGGCACCAUCUCGUACUUCAUCCCGACCAUCACUGUCACGCUUGGCUAUGACACCGUCACCGCUCAGUACAUGACGGUUCCCAUCUACGCCGUUGCCUCGGUUUGUCUCAACAUCACCGCCUGGAACUCUGACCGCACUCUCGAGCGUCGAUGGCACAUCACUGGCGCGCUGGCUCUUGGCUUUACAUGCAGCGUUGUCUGUGCCGCCGUCCAGACGCCCAUUGUCCGUUACGUCAUGAUCUGCUUCGUCGCGGCUGGCAUCUGGACUGCGCUACCCCUCAUUCUAUCCUGGACUAGCGGUAUCAUCUCUCUGCCUCCGGAGAAGCGCGCGAUUGUCUUGGCCAUGGUGAACGCCUUUGGAAACUUUUCGAGCGUCUACGGAAGCCGCAUCUGGCCUAGAAAGGACUCUCCGGCAUACCAUGUUGGCUUUGGUGUUACGGCUGGCUUUUUGGGGGCAGGCAUGGUUCUCGCUAUCUUGAUUCCCAUCCUGAACAAGAUGGUUGACUGGAAAGGUACUGAGGCAGAGAGAGAGCUUGCGGCUGCUGAUGAGGAAGAGGCGCACUAA